AUGUCCUCACCAUUCAUCAAACUCUCGAGUGGCUUCAAAAUGCCGCAAUUCGGAUUGGGAACAUGGUUGGCAAAACCCGGUGAAGUUGCAAAUGCUGUGGAAAUCGCUCUUAAAGUCGGAUAUCAGCAUAUCGAUUGUGCUGUCUCUUACGAGAAUCAACACGAAAUCGGUCCCGUUUUCCAAAAAGCUUUCAAAGAUGGAGUGAUCAAAAGGGAGAACUUAUUUGUUUGUAGUAAAGUUUGGAACACAAGACACUCUUUCGAUAAGGCAAAGCUGUGUGUGAGCGAGAUUUUGCGAGAUUUGCAGCUAGAUUACUUGGAUCUUUGCCUAAUCCACUGGCCAGUUGGUUACGACGAGGAAACGAAUGAAAUCUGGCCAAAACAUUCGGAUGGUCGAAUGAGAUAUUCAAAUGUUCACUACUCAGAAACUUGGAAAGCUUUAGAAGAUUGCGUGGAAAAGGGUUUAGUCAAAUCGAUUGGACUAUCCAAUUUCAAUCACAAGCAAAUCGAGGAGAUUUUGGGAAUGGCAAAGAUUAAGCCAGCCGUGUUACAAGUGGAGAUGCAUCCAUACUUUCAACAAAAGAAAAUGCGAGAUUUUUGUGGAAAGCACGGGAUUGCGAUCACUGCCUACAGUCCGUUGGCAAAUCCAACAAUGCCUUUUAGAAAAGACGGAGAUCCGACAAUACUUACUGAUUCGAUAUUCUUGAGAAUCGCCGAGAAACACGGGAAAUCUCCGGCACAAGUGGCACUACGGUGGGCAAUUCAGGAGGGGAUAAUCGUGAUUCCGAAAUCAAUUUCUGAGAAAAGGAUCAAAGAAAACUUUUCGAUUUUCGAUUAUGAAUUGGAUGAGAAAGAUAUGGAUGAGAUUAGAGGAGUGGACAGGAAUUGGAGAAUAUUGAAUACAGUCGAAAGAGAUGGGAAACAUCCGUUCUGGGGAUUCGGAGAAGAAUAU